GACGUCCGCCCCUUUGGACGAAGAAUAUCGACGACUUGGACCCAAACCAUCCCAUCAACAACGGCUACGACAACGAGCACCUGAUUGUGUGGAUGCGAACGGCAGCCUUUCCCACGUUUCGCAAACUGUGGGCGCGUAUAGACCACGACCAGAAUAUGCUGUGGAGGCAAUCACUACCGGCCGGCAGUUAUCAACUCAGAAUCCAAUACAACUAUAGGACCCACUUUGACAGCUAUACGGCCGGAAAAUAUGUGUAUAUAUCCAACACCUCAUGGCUUGGGGGCAAAAAUGUAUUUCUCGGCUACGCUUAUAUAACCGUCGGUACCAUUUGUUUUAUAUUAUGGCUUUCAUUCCUGAUAUUAGUCAAGAAAUACGGACAAAAGCCCAAAGAUAUUGUGGACAUCGGAAAGAAGACUAAAUAUAUGUUCACAAAACCCAAACCCGUAGACUCUGGCGAUGAAUCGACACAACCGUUGAACGCAAACAAUCCUACGAUAAUGUCAAAGAAUGAGAAACAGGAGCCGUUAUGGCAGGACCGGGACGUCCGGUUUGACGUACCUCUCAAUGAACUCAAGUUCAGAAGUGGUGAACGGAUUGUGGAGUACUUCACGAAAGUGGAGGACACGAAAGGCAACUCCGGAGAGGAGGGAAAGAUGACAAUCACUAAUCUGCGAAUGAUAUGGCAGUCGAAGGUUAAGCCGCGAAUCAAUCUGUCCAUCGGUUUGGGAUGUGUGUCGAGUCUCACGAAUCGCACGAUUCACACAAAACUUCGUGGAAAACACGAGGCGUUGUAUAUAAUGACGAAAGUAAACGGAACUCGUUAUGAGUUUAUAUUCACACAAUUGGAGGCUGAGGUCGGCGUGCAGUUCGGAAUGGUUGAGCUCAUCAGCAAAAUAUGCAGAGCCUAUUCCUCCACUAAACUCUUCCGUGACCUCAAACUCCGGUCGGCGAUCAUCACAUCCAAUGGCAAACAGCUUAAAGUGUUGCAAUCGGAGACCAUUUACAACAAGAUCAACGGCGUGUGGAACUUGUCCAGUGACCAGGGCAAUUUGGGCACAAUGCACUUGACCAAUGUGCGCGUCGUAUGGCACGCAAACAUGAACGAGCUCUUCAACAUCUCGUUGCCGUACAUCCAGAUCAACAACAUUAAGGUGAGGGAAAGCAAGUUUGGCGUCGCGCUGGUCAUCGAGUCCACCGAAGGCAGCGGCGGUUAUGUCCUCGGCUUCCGUAUAGACCCGCCCGAGAGAAUGAACUCCGUUUACAGCGAACUCUGCAAUCUGUUCGCCAUUCACGCGAGUAAACCUGAUUUAGGCGUUGAGACCUAUUUGGAGGGCGGAUCGGGUCUCGCCUUCAAUGAUAUCGACGCCAAUUCGGCGGUCAUUACGAGUAUAGAGAGCGACCACAAAGAGAUCGACGAACACAACGCCGCCCAUCAGAGCGACGCCAUCGCCGCCUAUUUGGCCGAUGAGGCGCAGCCCAAGAACAGCGAUGUUGUCUAUUGUCCGCAAUUGGGUUUAGCCAUCGAGAAGAUCAAAGACGGCUUCACUCUCGAGUCCUUAUGGCAUGUCAUACCUCAGGGC